AGACGUAGAGAGAGAGAGAGAGUGAGAGAGAGAGAGAGAGAGAGAGAGGGAGCGGAGAGAGAAGAAGAGAAAAGAAGGAAAAGGGAAAGAAAAAAGCCGAGAGAAGAAAAAGGGAGGAUACUACGGUAACAACUAUGCUGUGCUGCAUAAGAAGAACCAAACCGGUGGAGAAAAAUGAGGAUGUGGACCAGAAGAUUGAGCAGGAUGGAACCGUCAACAAACCCGAAGACAAGGCUCAUAAGGCUGCGACCAAAAUACAGGCCAGCUUCCGUGGACACAUAACUCGGAAAAAGAUGAAAGAUGGAGAGGAAGAGAAGGAUGGAGACAAUCCCGCCGCCGCGGAAGAAGCGACAGAAGGCGGCGAGGAGGUGAAGAAAGCCGAAGGAUCCCCAGCCGAGGAGGGCGACGGCGCAGAAGCGAAGGGGAACAAGGGAGAGGAAAGCAGCCAAGCCAAAAGCCCCGUGGCAGAAAAGCCUGCUAACUCACCAGCAGCCGCCGCUCCCUCUCCUGCAGGAGCAGCAACGUCUCCCGCGGAGGCAGCACCUGCCGCCGUCUCUCCCGCGGCGUCCGCCGAGACCCCCAAAGAGGAGCCAAAGGCCGAGGAGAAAGCUGAAGAGAAGCCCAAAGAUGCCGAGGCCCCGGCUGCUGGAGUCAAGAGUCCCACCGCGGCUGAGGAGAAGGUGGAGGAUGGAGAGGAGAAAAAGGAAGAGGCCAGACAAGCCGAUGUGCCUGCCGCUGUCAGCCCGGCAGCCGACAAGGGGGAGCUUGACCAAACGGAAGAUAAAGAUGCUGCAGAGGAGUCUAAAGCAGAGGCCGAUACCCAAGCAGAUGCAGCCGCAGAGGCCACCGAGUCCAAGGACGACUGAGGCAAAGUCUACCCUCCCAAAAGAAGAAUUAGGAAAAUGAAGAAAAACAAAAAUUUAAAAAGGUUGCUCUUUGGCUUCCCCGUGCAAAGGCAGUCAGUUUCUAUUUGUUUGUCAUUUUUUGUGUGGCAAUGAUUUUCUCAUGUUGGGGGGAGUUUCCAGCGUGGCGUUUUUUGGCUCAAGCUAAUAUUUUGAUGACGUGGUGAUGAUGUUGUUGCUUGUUGAUGAUUCUGAAACAUGAUUGUUAUGCCGAUGAUGAGAAAGAGUUGAUUUCUAUCAUCUUUUGCGACGUAACGUAGAAGGUUUGGCAGUUGGUUACAAAACGCCCAACUGGAAAGAUGCACAUUUAACCCUUUCAUGCACCUUGCAACCUGAUAACAUAAAAUAUCCACUGUAAUAACCGCUGUCCCUGAAACAACAAAUUCAACGUUAUCUGCUUUGCAUUGACCUUUCUGACACACUGGAAGUAAAAUCUGUUUAUUUGCCAGUGCACGCACACAAAAAAUUGCUCUUUUUAACAUGCAACCCGAGUUUUCAUGAGCGUAUUGAAAACACCGCAACCAGAAAAUACAAGACAUUAUCAUAAGAAUGUAGACUUGAAUGUGUAUCAUUUCCAGUUGGAGAGCUGUCAGACUACAACGUAUAGGACAACGCCGUUACUCUCGCUAUAACUCCGCUUGAGUCGUUCAAGCUUGAAUAACACCCCUUUGACGAACCCUCCUGACCCUCAUUCGCCAAAAAGGACCUGUUGCCACUGAAACGCCAUCCUCGUAUCAUAAACCUGAGAACUCUGCUUUAGUAUUAAUACAUGAAAUGUUAUAUCGCGCCACCCAAACGUGAGAGAAGUAGCAUGAACCAUCGAACCAGAUGCAUGAUGGGAACUCUCCCUCUGAUAGGAACCUUUUUCGCAUUUACCGAAACUUAAGAGGUGUGGCGGCUUCUUUUUGAUGUCUUUGGUGUUGUUAUGACAGUUUAUAUGAAUUGGGAUAAUCCUCUUGCACAGACGUGAAGACAAACACAUAAAGAAGAUGAACACACAAAUGAGCAAAGAAAAAAAAAACUUUUCCUAUAUUCCAGUGAGUGCAAUGUCCAGUUUCAACCUAACAAAGUUCCAACUUGUGAAGAAGAAAAAAAAAAAUACAAAUGGUUUCAAUGUGUUUUCAAAAUAAAGCAAAUGUGCCAAUUACCAUCA